CACCAUUGAAGUAUAUGACGAAGAAACUGACCGCUGGAUGCUGCAUGCAUGCCGAUUGCCUGAGGCCAAGUUCGGCUGUGGCUGUGUGGUCAUGAAGCUGAAGCGCCGUUGACUGCCAGCUGGGCCAUAUCAGCCAUCAGCCAUGGAAUACGGGAAUUAUUGUCGGCAACAGAUGUUCUCUUCUCUUCUGACUGCCAUAGCAGUUACUUGCGCUGGCAUCAUCAUUUAUGUCUGCAUAUGGUUUGCAGUGGCUUCAACGGAAUCAGUGACUUCAGAUACACAACAUGCAGUUUCGAGCAGUCGUGACCAGAAUAAAGGAUUUACUAAGGAUCUGUCGGCGGGGUGCACGCUUCCAUAUCCCUGCUACAACUGGAUGACAGAGACAUCGUGCACUAUGGGAACAGCGGCCCAACCCGACAAUGACGGCUCAGUGUUAAACGCGUGCAGCGAUGUGCCAGCAGGACGGGUCUGGUUUCGAGGAAUGCCGUAUUAUAAGUAUCAGUUCGAUAUUAAGACGGCUUCCGUUGACAACAUCACAAUGCAACGUGAUAUCGUUGCUAUAUCCCAGUGCACUACAACGAAUUAUUUCAUGCCAGCACUAUACAACGAUUCCAUGGCCGUACUUCGCAGUGUCGCACUGAAUCCCGCUUCCUGCUCGGUGUUCCGGCUAAGAUUUUGGUACUGCCUGUACAGUGUUCCGUACUUCGCAGCCUCCAGUCCAUCCGUAGACGAGUAUAACCUCAAAGUGUUCAUAGAGCAGGAUGGUAGUCUAGUAUCUCAAGAGUUUCCCACACAACUGCUAUGGGGAAGUGCCGCCGAUUACACACACUUUAGUGGAGUCCGAGAGUGGCAUCUGGUUGAGGUUGUUUUUGGGCGGCAAGCAGGCCAACGGUUCACCGUUAAUUUUUUUGCCUUCCAUAAAGAUGGAUGCCGGAGCGACACAAUAGCUAACCAGAUUUAUGUGGAUGACGUGGAGAUCGAACGUGCGGUGCAUAGCUCUCCAGAAAACGGCACAUGUUGGACAACAACAGCGGCAACAACAACUUCGACACCAUCAUCGACCGCAACAACAGCAAGCCCAGACGAAAUAACGGUUACCGUUUUUCUCUUGGAAGAGCUGAGAAACGCUACAAAUCGGACAUUGUACGACAGUGAUUAUGGGUAUUACGUUCAGUCUCCACAAAAUGUACUGAAUGCGACACAAAAUCUGCUAAUCGGCUCGCACACUGAGGUCAACUUUUCCAAUAUCCAGAUAAUAUCCGAAUUUUUCUUGCACUUUGCUGAAAUGCCAAUUCCCAAUGGUCUGCCCAAUAGUGCUCAGGAAGCCACAGUCAAUAUGAUGCUCGAAAUCGUUGACGUUAUCAUUAUUGCGGAAGAGAAUAAAAAGGUCAUUCCACCGGAUUCAAGAGAAGAUGGACCUCAUGCUGCCGCCGCUGUUUACCAGGCUUUGGAAAUUCUUUACAAUAAUCUCCCGCCAAAGGAGCAACCUUAUAUCUUCAAUACUACGCGAGUGGUAACGUUCGCAAACGCCCUCGCAGUGAACUCCACUGCACAAUUCGCUAACCUGAAUAUAUACACUGAAAUGAAUGUACAGCGUUUUGAGAAUGGAUUGCUUUCGGUCGAUGUCAGUGGUGAAAAAGCUGCGGUAGCCAGGAUUGCGUUGAAUAAGGAUGUUCUCCGGGAAGCAUACGAAAAAUUUCAACGAAAUCCCAAUGGAACAUUCACAUUCUCCUUCUCCCUUUCCGCGAUGCCGGUAUUCAGAUUUGGAAAACACCCGACGCAAAACUCACGACAAGAAUUUGCAAGUCCUCUGGUUUUACUGGCAGCCGUUAAUCGGCAGCUGACACUGAAAGGAACCAAUGUCAUUCAGAUUGAACACAACAUCGAUAAGUUAUUCAAAGAAGCCCAUGGAGCUCGAAGACGGCAUGGUUGUACGUUUCUCGGCUACACUUCCAAGAAAUGGUCAACUAAUGGCUGCAGAAUGUCAUCAAAACUGCCCUCAUGGAAGGGAACCAUUGUACAGUGCACAUGUGACCAUCUUACACCGUUUUCACUGCUGUUAACCUUGUGCAGCAGCAUAUCACAGAUUCCGACGACGCAAACGUUCUCGUUGGAUCUCGCAGUAGUCACCACGAGCACAGCAGUUGUUGCGGCGUUGUGCUGUUUCUUUGCUCUGGUUGUUAUUGCAUUCCGAAUUUGUCGACGCCAGAUUGUUUUCGACGAGGAUACCUUUGCGCGUACUAGCCUAUGGAUAGUGCUGUUUGCGAUGUACCUCUUUGUGACCUUCUCCCAGCUGAUGCUGUUUGCUCCGGACCUUUGUGGACCGACGUCGUGUUUCGCCACCGCCGUUCUAGUGCACUGGUUCUCCCUGAUGAGUGCGGCCUGGACCGGUGUGGAAACAUUCCGUCUGCUGCAGAUGAUACGCUAUCCCGAACGGUAUGCACGCAAAACGUUCAGCAUUCCCGGGGAUACGUACAACGGAUUUAGGAUGAAAGCGUGGCUAGGCGCAACUUUCAUUCCACUGCUGUUUCCCUUUAUUGCUUCUGCCAGUCAUCAUUCAGUGGAGGCCAGCAGAAUCCUUGGUGGAUAUGGGUACGCAAGCCAUGAAAAAUGGUGUUGGUUAGAUGGCGAUCAUCCAUGGAUUACCUGGGUGACGUUUAUCGCUCCAGUCUCCGCUGUUGCUCUGCUAAAUAUCUGCGCAGUGCUCUAUUAUCUAUGCAGGAAAAGAGCAUUGAUUAACGGAAUAGCAAAAGCGGAUGGACAUGGUUCAAUCAAACCUGAGCGACUUAUUGAAUUGCGGAGUAAUCUCUCCGGUCAUACAUUUGCACGAAACCAUUUUCACGGAGUAAUCGUAACCACCGCGUUAAUGGGACUGAUCUGGUUGAGCGUGUGGCUAGCGUUGUUUUCCUGCUUUAUUGACGAAACAGUACAGCACGCUUUCGUCCUGCUGUUGACAUUAACGUGUGGAUCUCAAGCAGUUUACAUUAUCUCGUUUCAAGCCAUCGCUCCUCGGAAGCGGUUAACCGGACGAAAGCCUUCGAGAGUCGGGGGAAUCGCUCAUAUCCUGGAAGCUCCGACACAUGCGGGGCAACCAGUGCCUUAAGUUAACAGCAAUCGCAGCUUGCGUCACCAAAUACUGCAGUUAACCUUCACUUGGUUAAGUACUGCUAGAAGUAUUACUAGAAGAGUGUGUCCAGUGAUUGCAACUGUGAGAUGUAUGACUAGUCGUAAGCUAAGUCAGCUUGUGCACUUCAGCCAAUUAUUUCACGAUAAACUUAUUCAAGUUUAAUCUUUUGACCGGUGAAAAUGCGUUGUUAGUCAUCGGUCAGUUUGGAAUGCCGCACAAUCAUGAGGUAUGUUUGGGAUUGUCGAUGUUUGGGAUUGUAAUGUUUGGGAUUCGUCGAUG